AUGCCUACUUCUACCGAGCAGAACAUUGGUGCCGUCAUUAACCUCACAGCGCCUGAGGAAGGUAACACGCAGUGGGUUGCUACACAGGUUGACGUACAUCGCGGCCUGCCACCAGGCAACCCAAAGAGCCGCCAUGAAAUUGAUUGGGGCAUGGGUCCCAUAAAAAUCAGUGGAUACAUUGACACUGAUACGUUCGAGAUCGGAAUCAGCGUCAGCAUUCUUGGCAUCAAUGUCGGAAACAUCUACGGCAAUCUCAAGGAUGGUGUUGGUCUCAAUGUUGAUCUUUUCCUUGCCGAGGGCAGCAUCAAGCUGUAUUUGAAGAAUGGCAAUGAGGUCUGGAUCAAUGUAGACGUCAGCGUCAAGUUCGAUGGAAGCUUCCAGGGCGACUACAAGAUCAUUUCCUUCUAA